CCUAUAGAAGAUCCCCCAACAACAAUUGGGUAAAAACAACUUCUCUGAAUAUUUCGGUGAGAGAUUCAGAGGGUUCCAUACUUUGGGUCCUUCUGUAAAUUCCUAUAAGCUUUAAAGCGCUUCAAUCAUGUUUGGGCGUGCGCCAAGGAAGAGUGACAGCACCAAGUACUAUGAGAUUCUUGGUGUUUCAAAAAGUGCAAGUCAAGAUGAACUGAAGAAGGCGUACAAGAAAGCUGCAAUCAAGAAUCACCCUGACAAAGGUGGAGAUCCUGAGAAGUUCAAGGAACUGGCUCAAGCCUAUGAAGUUCUCAGCGAUCCAGAGAAAAGAGAAAUGUAUGACCAAUAUGGUGAAGAUGCCCUCAAGGAGGGAAUGGGAGGAGGUGGUCCCGGUCAUAAUCCAUUUGAUAUAUUUGAGUCAUUUUUUGGUGGAGGAGCCUUUGGUGGUGGUGGCAGCUCACGAGGAAGAAGGCAGAAACAUGGUGAGGAUGUGGUGCAUACUCUGAAGGUUUCUUUGGAGGACUUGUACAAUGGCACAACAAAGAAACUAUCUCUUUCUAGGAAUAUUUUAUGCCAGAAAUGUAAAGGGAAAGGUUCAAAAAGUGGAGUAUCUGGGAGAUGUUAUGGAUGCCAAGGUACAGGAAUGAAAAUUACAACCAGACAGAUUGGAUUGGGCAUGAUUCAACAGAUGCAACAUGUAUGUCCCGAAUGCAGAGGCUCAGGUGAGGUCAUCAGUGAGAGAGAUAAAUGCCCACCAUGCAAAGGAAGCAAGGUUACUCAAGAAAAGAAGGUGUUGGAGGUGCAUGUUGAAAAAGGGAUGCAGCAUGGCGAGAAGAUUGUGUUUGAGGGACAAGCCGAUCAAGCGCCUGAUACCAUCGCUGGAGACAUUGUUUUUAUAUUGCAACUGAAGGAGCACCCCAAGUUUAAGCGGAAGUAUGAUGAUCUUUAUGUUGAACAUUCCCUCAAUUUGACAGAGGCUCUUUGUGGGUUUCAGUUUGCGCUUACCCAUCUUGACGGCAGACAGCUUCUGAUCAAAUCAAAUCCUGGGGAGAUCAUUAAGCCUGGUCAAUCCAAAGCAAUCAAUGAUGAGGGAAUGCCAGAUCACCAGAGACCGUUUAUCAAGGGCCGACUUUACAUUCACUUCAAUGUGGAUUUCCCUGACUCAGGAAUUCUUUCUCAUGAACAAUGCCGGACUUUAGAGACAAUACUGCCCCCAAGGCCUAGCAAGCACUUGACAGACAUGGAGCUGGACAAUUUUGAGGAGACAACUCUGCAUGAUGUUAACAUGGAGGAUGAGAUGAGACGUAAGCAGCAGCAACAUCAAUAUCAAGAGGCUUAUGAUGAGGAUGAUGAGCCAACAAUGCCAAGAGUGCAGUGUGCACAGCAGUAAGCCUAUCUCAUUUUUUUUUUAGUCACUAUUUUAGCAGUAUGCACUAUCACGUGGCAACAUGCGAGUGUAAUAUGCAAUUACAACUGCAUAUUUUUAUUUUUCUUAACGCUUCAAGACUUGUGUUUUGUGUUAUUUAUUUUUACCGGUAUUGCGGUUUUUGUAGUUUAGUUUAGAUGCGCACUACUUCCUUUGUGCUAAGGUUGUGCUCCGUUCCGUUUAUUUAAUGAUAUUGAAUUACUUACCAAAAAAAGUUUAGAUAUCUUUUCA